AUGAGCGGCGAGGCGCGCUCCAUCGAGCGUCGGGUGUCAUCUUAUCAGCAACACCUGCCGCCCCAGUAUGAGGAGAAUUCGUGGAACGCUCCCCCUUCUCCGGUAGUUCUUCUCGUUGGAACAAUAUAUGCUGGCAUUUCAACCGAAAGUGCGAAGGAUGGGACUGUGACACUCGCCAUGGCGUUUCGUGAUGCCACAUACCUCCUCGAUUUCUUUCAGAAGACUUUUAAGCCCAGCCCUAACAUUUUUUCCGAACUGGGAGACUUUAUGGUAAACUCGGUGCGCGAUUACAGUCACACUCACACGGUGAAAAUCAUUGGUUUGGCAAUGCCACAUAAAAUUCCCGAUGAAUACUCUACGUUACGUACUCGUCUUUGGGCUGAGGUUGACGUGCUCCCUUUGGUCAUAGAUGAGGGAAACGGGCAGGCAAGAGAUAACAAGUUCGUUUUGGGGCAUCCUGAACGUAAAUCAUUUUGGGACAGAACUCUCGAUGAACAGGCAGAGUCGAUGGCCCGCAGAUGUGUCCGCCUAUUUGGACCUGAGAACAUCCCCCUACUGCAGGUUGGCUUUCGAGGCUUGGUGGCAGUCGACACUGGCUUCCGAGUUUGUUUGACCACUCUGCGGGAUUUCGAAAAAACAGUGAGCAAAAAGACGUGGGAUGCGAUUGAGUACUACGCCAAAGAUCUUAUUGAUCGGAGGGUAAAGAUCGCCUUCUUCAGCGCAACCCCUCAAGGUGGAGGUGUAGCUCUUAUGAGACAUGCGUUGGUCCGGUUCUCUCACUCGCUAGGGACUGAUGUGAGAUGGUAUGUGCCAAAGCCUCGCCCAGGUGUUUUCCGUGUGACCAAAACAAACCACAACAUCCUACAGGGUGUUCAGCACGAAGGAGAACGACUGACGGAGGAGAAUUGGGCCCACGUCACCGACUGGAUUCAUGAGAACGCCGAUCGGUACUGGUUGACUGAGGGAGGUCCCUUGGAUCAUUCUUCAAAGGGAGGAGCAGAUGUGGUUAUUAUUGAUGACCCUCAGAUGCCCGCCUUGAUACCUCUGGCGAAGAAGAUGGACCCAGACAGGCCGGUUAUCUUCCGAAGCCACAUCUCAAUCCACACGGACCUAAUAUCCCAGCCAGGUUCUCCACAGGAAGAAGCCUGGAACCGGAUGUGGCAACAGAUCAAAGAUGCCGAUAUUUUCAUCAGUCACCCAGUGAGGAGCUUCGUGCCACAGAAUGUACCUCGACAGACAGUCGGCUAUAUGGGUCCAUCAACAGACUGGCUGGACGGAUUGAACAAGAACAUGCGUGAAUGGGAUGUCGCUUUCUACGGGCGUGUGUUUAAUGGUAUAUGUAGAAACUCGGCCAUGACCACCAUCAACUACCCUGAAGACGAGUAUAUCACUCAAAUUGCGCGGUUUGAUCCAUCCAAGGGAAUUCCGGAAGUCGUGGAAUCAUAUGUCAAGUUCCACGAGCGCUUCACGAUGGCGCUACCCGACAAGAAGCCACCCAAGCUAUUAAUUUGUGGACAUGGCUCCAUCGAUGACCCCGACGGAACCUCAAUCCACGAUGCCGUGGUGUCCCACGUCCGGGAGAACCUCCCUCACUUGGUGGACUACAUCUGUGUCGUCCGACUCGGCCCAUCGGACCAGGUGCUGAAUGCACUUCUCUCGAAGGCCAAGGUUGUCUUACAGCUGUCUACACACGAAGGUUUCGAGGUCAAGGUGUCCGAAGCCAUCCACAAGGGAAAGCCGGUCAUUGUUACUAAUGUUGGUGGUAUCCCGCUGCAGGUGGCGGCAGGGAGGAACGGCUUUUUGGUGGAAGUCGGCGACACCGAUGCAGUAGCCCGACAUCUGUUUGAUCUGAUCACCAAUGAUAAGCUUUACAACGAGAUGCACCAGUUCGCGGUGCAGCAUGUCUGCGAUGAAGUGAGCACGGUUGGCAACAUGCUGAACUGGCUGUACCUGGCAUCGAAACUGUCCAAGGGCGAGAGGAUCAAACCUAAUGAACAAUGGAUCAACGACAUGGCACGCGCCAGUGCAGGGCAGGAGUACGUCCCUGGCGAGAACAGGUUGAACCGCGUGCUUGACCCCGUGGAGGUGGGUAAAUGA